UGAUGGAAACUCACAAAAUACAUGUGGACAAACAAGAACUGAAAAAAACAUCAGAGAUUCUAGGGUUGAGACUCAAAGAACUCGAAGAGGAAGCCCAUCAAAUUGCUGGAGAACGAUUCCUUUUGACCAGCAGUAGUCAACUUAGAGAAGUACUGUUUGAGAAGUUAAAACUGCAUACGCUGUGUGAAAAAAUUCCCAGAACUGAAAGACAGCAAGUUGCAUCCACCUCAGAAGUUGUGCUCAGUAAGUUACAAGAUCUUCAUCCUCUGCCUAAGCUUAUGUUAGAAUACCGGCAGGUGAGUUGUUACAUGACUGUAUGGGAACUGCUGAAUCACGGCCUGAACCUCUGAUUGAUCACCUGAGGCGAGCAAUGAG